GCUUUUAAAAGAACCGUCAUGGCGACCGCUACCCCGAGCCGUGAAGCCGGCCGCCCGGCGGCCUCCACUCCUCUCUCCCCGACAAGGAUCUCCCGCUUACAGGAAAAACAAGACCUGCAGCACCUCAACGACCGGCUGGCCGUGUAUAUCGACCGGGUGCGCUCUCUGGAGCUGGAGAACGACCGGCUGAUGUUCAAAGUGUCUGAGAAAGAGGAGGUGACUACUCGCGAGGUGAGCGGCCUCAAGGGUCUGUACGAGGCAGAGUUAGCCGAUGCUCGGCGGGUUCUGGAUGAAACCGCUAGAGAAAGAGCCCGGCUGCAGAUAGACCUGGGCAAGGCUCAGGCUGACCUGGAAGAAGCCACACGCAGCAACAAGAAGAAGGAAGGCGAUCUUGCUGCAGCCGUGUCCAGAGCCAAUGGUCUGGAAGGCCAGCUGAAUAAGAGUGAAGCAUCUCUCGCUACCGCUAUGAGCCAGAACAAUGCUCUGAACUCUGAGCUGGCUGAUGUUAAGAGCCUGCUGGCUAAGGCAGAGGACAGCCAUGCUGUUGCUAAGCGCCAGCUGGAGGCCGAGACUCUGAUGCGCGUGGACUUGGAGAACCGCUGUCAGUCGCUGAGUGAAGAUCUGGAGUUCAGGAAGAGCAUGUUCGAAGAGGAGGUGCGUGGGUCGCGGCGCCGGAAGGAGCACAGGACCGUGGAGGUGGACUCUGGAGUCAAACAGGACUAUGAGUUCAAACUGGCACAAGCUCUACAGGACCUGAGGAGGCAGCACGAUGAGCAGGUCUCCCUUUAUAAAGGCGAACUGGAGCACACCUUCCAGGCCAAGCUGGAUAAUGCCAAGAUGUCCUCUGAGAUCAAUGACAAGGCGAUGGGAACAGCCAGAGAGGAGGUGCAGGAGUCCCGGAUGAGAAUAGAGAGUCUGGGAUAUCAGCUCAGUGCCCUGCAGAAACAGGCAGCCGCCUCAGAGGAACGCAUCAGAGAGCUGGAGGAGAUUCUGUCCUCAGAGCGAGACAAGCAUCGGCGCACAAUCGAAGGGAAGGAGCAGGAGAUGAGCGAGCUGAGGGAGAGGAUGAACACUCAGCUCAACGAGUACCAGGAGCUGCUGGACGUCAAGCUCGCCCUGGAUAUGGAGAUCAAUGCAUACAGGAAACUGCUGGAGGGAGAGGAGCACAGACUGAAGCUGUCCCCCAGCCCAUCGUCCCGAGUCACCGUUUCCAGGGUCACAGGAUCUUCCUCCUCCCGCACCAAAAGGAAGAGGCUAGAGAUCGAGGCUGCCGAUGUGUCUGAGGCGGGAAUAGAGGGCCAGCUGCUGGUGUCAGAAGAAGCCACAGCCAGUGGAGCAGUUACCAUUUCCCCCACUGACAUGGACGGGAACGCAGUCACUCUCACCAAUGAUUCUGAACAGGACCAGCCAUUGGGCAGCUGGAGGUUGAAGAGACAGGUGGAUGAAGGAGACGAGGUCAUCUACAAGUUCUCCCCAAAGUUUGUCCUCAAGGCUGGACAGUCAGUCACGGUGUGGUCUGCUGAUGCCGGCGUGGCCCACAGUCCACCAACUGACCUGCUGUGGAAGAGUCAGACUUCCUGGGGCACAGGAAAUGACAUCACCACCACUCUGGUUAACGGCGAUGGCGAGGAGGUGGCCACACGUAGCGUUACCAAGGCUGAGAUGGAGGUAGAGAACGGAGAGGAAGAGGAGGAGGAGGAGGAGGAGGAACAGGGGGGCAAGGCGUCGCAAAGAGAGUGUGCUAUCAUGUGAGGCCUUCCUCCCUGUUGGCUUUCACUUCCUUUAUUCCCUAGAGCCACUCCAAACCACCCUAUCAAUUACGCCUCAUCAAUAUGUGUUUUUUUAUUCUUCAAGAAAAAUAUAAGAAUUCUUGGACUAAUUGGCUCUUUUUACUGCCAUCUGUUUCUCUGGACCUGUUUUAAUGAGACAUUUUCUUAAAUAUUGCUAUCAAUGCCAACAUCUGACGAUCCCAAUGUUGAGUCAGACUGAUUAAUCCCAUCAUUCUCUACAUGUCUCUACAUGUCCUUCAUUCAAAAUAUGUUAGUGAAAUCAACUCAAGAGAAAGGACCUGGGCCGUAAUGCCCGACAGAUUGAUGCAUUUAUAACUUUGAAUAGACGAUCAAUUUUUAAUGGGAUCAUGCUGAACAGUUUUGAGUUAUUUGUACUGUUACAGAUAGAUUUCCUGACAUUUUUAUUUAAGUCUUCCAUAUUCGGUCAAUAUCAAAAGAUUAAUUAUUUGAAUAGCAUAUAAAACACGACUCAGAGAUUGAAGAAGUUCCCUUUCAUGGGGAACACAUUGUCUACAUAGAAUGACAGUUGAAAUUAUGGAUCAAUUUAAAUGAAAUCCCUAAACCAAAAUGUGUCCCAAGUGUUUGACAUGAGUCUCAUGUCCGAAGGAAAAGUGUAACGCUCUCCUACAGCAGCUUCCUCCUGACCCACAGCCCCAGUUCAAUGUGCUGGGUCAUGUUGGCUCAGUGGGUAGCCCAGUCUAAAUGUGCCCUGCCAGUUAGUAGCAUGAUCUUUACAAACAUUUAUUGUAUAAAAACCUUGGUGCCCACUCGGAUCUGCUCCUUUAGCUUUCAAGUUAAACAGGCCGAAGCAGCUCUUGUGUUAUCAGUAGAGAAGGCUCUAUGCAGCUUCUCAAUGACAUAGCUCGCGGUCAUGUGUUCAUAUUUAGUAAUACACUGUUGCGAUCAUGUUGGCUCAGACAGCACCAUGACUGCAGGUCUUAUUGAAUGAAUGUGCUUAAAGAAAUCAUUGUACACACGGUGAAGGAUGAGAGCAAUUCUUCCAGUGUAUGAGGCCAGUUCGCCUCUAUUCUCUUGUUUGUGUAAAAGACUUGCUCUCACACCUCCCGUGCCAUCUUGGGAAACUCUUUUUGUGUGUGCUUUUCAUUGCUAGUUAUUAUUUUUUUCUAUAGAGGGCUUUUCUAUGUAACCAAUUUGUUUACACAAGAUAUUUCAUGUACUUUUUAGGGAUGAUUAAGGUUAGGCUUGGGUUUAUUACCUUUAAACAUUUUUCAGGAUUGCGCUGAAACUAUUAUGAACACUACUCUGCAGUGUUGUGCUUGGCCGUGUUAGACUAACUGACCGAAUUGAUUGUUCUCUGAAAUAUGACGUCCCUCCAGGAAAUCCUUUAAUUUAAGCUUAUUCAAACCAUAACUUAAUUUAAUUACCAAGCUUUUCCUAAGAAAGUGCUAUUUUGACCAAUCAUUGCAAUUUUGAUAAGUUGCAUAAUGAAGCUUCAAUCUCAAGAUAAGAUGUAUUUUGAUAGUUAUUGUUGCAUAUUAGUAGGCAUGAUCACAGUUCGUAGUUAGAACUUAACUAAUCCAAAUUCAGGAAAAUAACAUUGUUUAAAAAUAGGCACAAGUGAUGCCUUCAGGAGCUUUUUAUAGAAAACCUGUUCCUGGAGGGACUGUCACAUGACUGGUCAAUAUGUGAGUGAUGUGAUAUUUCAAAUGAGGACAUCAUUUAACCUUGUAUUGUUAAUGUGGGGAGGGUGGGGGCGGGGGCAUGCCAAAUGUGAGU